GGCACACCACCGACCACAUCCACAUCAGUAUUCCGAAGUCGGAUUUGAAAACCCUCACGAAACUUAUUUAAAACCCGGUGAAAUACAACUUGGACACAUUCUGGAGACGAGACAGGUGAAUCAGCAUGAGUGGAAAGCGGAUAGUUUGCCUCCUGACCAGUGUCCUGAUCCUGGCCAGCCUGCAAGUGGCGGCGGCAACGGAAACGGACAACAAAACCAGUGAAUUCGUGGCCACCAAGGAAUGGCAGGUGAUUGCGGAAGGUCAAGCCAUUCCCAAGGGCCUCCACGUGCGCAUCAACAUGCAGACCGGACUCAAGGAGGCCAAACUGCUGGACGAAAGCGAACGUGGCACUGCGCUGCAGAGUCAACCGGCGGAUCAGAAGACCCAGGAUCAGGAUGACAACGAACCCCUGGCCCUGGACUACAAGCCGGACAUCAUCGAGGAGUCGCUGCGUCGGGUCAAGGAGCAGGAGAAGAGCUACGCGGAGCUGCGCAAGGCCUACAAGGAGUUCCAGAAGAACUUUCGCACGGACGGGGAGCUGAUUGUUCAGCUGAUCGAUCAGUACCGGAACUUCAGCAAGACGCCGCUGGAGUCGGAGAUGCGCUCCAAGCUGGAGUGUCUGGAGAACCUGGAGUACUUGCUGCACCAGAUCGACAAUGCCCUGAUGUUCAUCGAUAAUGGCGGGCUGGACGACGUCCUCCUGCCCAUUGUGGUCAACGAUACGAACACCUCGCUGAGGGUCUCGGCCAUGCGGGUGCUGGGCUCCCUGGCGAGCAACAAUCCCAAGGCCCAGAUCAAGGUGUUCGAGAAGAACUUUGGCUCGCAUCUGGCCCAGAUCCUGACCAGCUCCGGGAACGCUGCAGAGAUCUCUGCUGCACUUCAUGCUUUUGGAGCUCUGUUGCGGAAGUUUCCGCUAGCCCAGCAGCGAGUGCUGUCCACUUCGGGCACACAGGCUCUGAUAAAGGUACUGCAAAGUCCAGAUGUGGAGCUGCGAAGCAAGGCCAAAGUGGUGACCCUCAUCAGUGACCUGGUACUGGAGAAGCGGUCCGUGCUGGAGGCUAGCAAAGAUGCGCCCGAAGCGGCCUCCACGAUGGCGCAAUAUGUGCUCCUGGAGUUCGAACCCUGGCUACAAACGCAGGGCUACUGUGCGGCUGUGGACAGUGUCCUGACCAAGGACUUCCUGCAUCUUCUAGAGCAACCCGAGGUGGUGGAACAGUUCGCCAUUGCCCUGGAGACCACCGAGAAUCUGUGUCUUGCCUCCUGGUCACAAAGUGCGGGUCUCAGACACGCCCUGCUCACGGUUCGCAACCGAUAUGCCAACACCGAGGACGAGUACCGACUGGAGGUGUCCCAGAUCCUGGCCAAGCUGUGCGAGAGAUUGUUCAACAAGCCGAAACACACCGAACUGUAAUCCUAGCCAAUUACCUUGUAAAAGUUUUAGUUAAUUGUAAGCAGAGUUUGAAUGUAAUUCAUAGCCAAGCCACAGAUCCCACAUGUUCAGGCUAAGUGAAUAUGAUAACUAAGUUGCCAAGUACUUGUGAUGCGAAAAUAAUGCUCCUUUUGCGAAAAGUGUACACUUUGUCAUUAUUAUAAGAAGCUACUUAUAUGUAUGGUUUCGAUCAGCAAUUUAGAUUCGGUAAUAAACCUUAAUUUAUUUUUUAAACAGAGGCUGAAGAAUAGAAAUGCCAAUUCUAAACUAAGAUCUCAUUUUUAAAACAGUCUACUUUCUUAGCUCGAAAUUUUUCCUUAUCUGAAAGAUAUAUUUGUUUUAAAAUUGGCCUACUUUAGAGAGACAUUUUUAUGGUUUCUAAAUACCUUUGCUUAAGUUAAUAUAGAACUUAGGUUUAUCUUUAAAUUGUAUUUUAAUUUGUCCAUACCUAUCUAAGAAAAUUCUUUCUUUUAAGAACUUGCAGAGUUGAGACCCCGAAAUAGACUGGCCAACUAGGGAGUAUCUUCCUUACACGAUAAAUAAUCCCACGAUUCCCAGUGUUCUCUAAACAUUGUUAUUUCUGUGUACAUAUAUAUGUCAAAUAAAAAGCAAUAUAAAGUUAAUAAACUUUUCUCAAAAGUCAUAAUAGUUAUAUCAAAAA